AAUAGUGUCGUAUAAAAGUCUUGAAUACUGUUAGCAAAAUAUACUGUUCUGGGUGGCAGUCGACCAUGCUGCCAAGCUUCGUUCGAACCUUCUCGAGAGCGAGCACGAUGUCGACGACCGAGGGCCCGAUCUUUAGCGCGAUCCAGACCAAGCUGGCUGCGGCCUUUGCGCCGACGCACCUCCAAGUGCUCAACGAGAGCUACAUGCACAACGUGCCCAAGGGCUCCGAGACGCACUUCAAGGUGAUUGUGGUCUCGGACCACUUUGAGGGCAAGCCGCUUCUCCAGCGCCAUCGCAUGGUCAACGCGGUCUUGGACGACGAGCUCACGAAAGGCGGCGUCCACGCGCUCUCGAUCCAGAGCAAGACACCGUCGCAGUGGGAGGCCAACAACACUGUACGCCCGUCGCCGACGUGCCAGGGCGGCAUGAAGCACGAGAAGAAGACUCCUUAGGACAACACGGCGUGCUUUCAAACUCGCAUC